AUGGAGGCACAAUUGGAGCAGCUUCUGGCGUCAGCCAAGCAGGCGGUCCAGGCCUUCGAGGGUCCGUUGGCCCAGGACGUCGAUGCGGCAUUGAGCCUGUCGCCAGACAACACGUCUGCCCAGUCGGGAGUGCUGCGGGCCAAGAUCGAAGAAACGAUUCAGACGCUCCACAAGCUCGAGCAGAUCAUCACCCCUCCGCAAGUUCUCUUCAUGGAUGCCGUGUUCGCCGCCACAAGCAGCAAGGUCCUGCUUUGCGCCUCGCGCUAUGGAUUCGCAGACAUUCUCGAGCAGCGAGGACCCCUUACCAUUCCGGAGCUUGCCGCGGCUACGGACGUGCAGCCCACCGCUGCGCACCAACUGAUGCGCUACCUCAUCGACGAGCUCGGAUUCUUCCAAUACGACCAAACGUCCACAACGCCGACGGUGCGCAACAACCGCGCCUCGGCACUGCUCCGCACCGACCACUGGACGACAUGGCACAACUGGGUCGACCAGUACGCAACGACGCACUACUCGAUGCUCACGAGCCUCCCCGACGCGGUCAGCGCCCGGUCCAGCCGCAGCGCGGCGCAGCACUUCUACGACACGGACGAGUCGACGUACGCGGUGAUGCAGGCGCAAGGGCUCACCGCGGGCUUCCACCGGGCCAUCGGCGCCUUCAGCGUGGCCGAGGCGCCGGGGCUGCUGGCCGACUACCCCUGGGGCGAUGAGCUCGUCGGCGGCGCCGCGACGCUGACGGACGUGGGCGCCGGCCAGGGCGACUUCGUCGCACAUUACCUGCGUGCGUUUCCCCGCGCGAAGGCGGUGGCGUUCGAUCUGCCCGGCACGGCGGAUCUGAUCAGGAAGAGGUUUGAGCGCGAGGCGUGGGCGGGCGGCAGGGCGCAGGUGCGGGCGGGCGACUUCUUCGCCGACGACAAUCAGCUCCCGGCGUCCGAGGUGUACUUCCUGCGGCUGGUGUUCCACAAUUGGGACGAUGACAAGUGCGUGAGGAUUCUGGAGAAGGUGAGGGAGGCCAUGGUGCUGAGGCCGGGCGUGAGCAGGGUGUUGGUGGUGGAGAUGGUCAUCAGGGAAGGGCGGCUGGGCAGUUUCGCCAGGUAUGGCGACAUCAGGAUGUUGACCAUGGUGAAGAACAAAGAGAGGACGUUGGACGAGUAUCGUGAGAUCGCGAGGAAGGGCGGGUUUGAAAUCACCGACGUCAUAACCCCAAGGGGAUGUCUCUCGCAGGUGUUGGAUUUGAGGCCCGUUUACUAG